ACGUCGACUUUCCAGCCGCUUGAGUUCCUUCUCUGACUUCGCUCUCUCGUCUGCCGAGAUCGCGGGCCCGGUAACAGCUACAUCACCCGCGAGGGGCAGGGUACGGCGCCCACCAUGGCCUGGUUCUGGCUCCUCCCCAUAGCGGGCGCUCUCGUCGCCGCCCUCCUGCCCCUCCUCUACACCUACAUUGCUACGACGUAUCAAGAUACCCUACCGCGCAUUCACAACAAGCGCAUCUGUCUCUUGAUUGCGCAUCCAGACGACGAGGCCAUGUUCUUCGCCCCGACGGUUCUUGCUCUGACCCGUCCCGAGACCGGGAACCACGUGAAGAUCCUGUGUCUGAGUUCAGGCAAUGCCGACGGCCUCGGUGAAACGCGCAAGAAGGAACUUGUCAAGAGCGGCAUGAUCCUCGGCCUCCGCGAGGAAAACGAUGUCUUUGUCCUUGAUAGCCCCGACUUCCCAGACUCCAUGACCGCGACGUGGGACGCCCAGAAAAUCUCCACCCUACUCUUCAGCGCCUUCGCCCCGCACCUCGCCCGCCCCACCCCCCCGGGCUCCCCCAGCGCCUCCCGCCCGACAGCCAACAUCGACGUCCUCAUCACCUUCGACGCCGCCGGCGUCUCGUCCCACCCGAACCACGUCUCCCUCCACGCCGGCGCCCGCGCCUUCAUCCGGACCCUCUGCGGGACCGAGGGCCGCCCGUCCCCCGUGGCCCUGUACACCCUUUCCACCGUGUCCUUCCUGCGCAAAUACACCGCCAUCCUCGACAUCUUCCCCACCCUCGCCGCCUGGGCAUUCGCUGGCAUGAGCCACGGCCUGUCGCCCGACAAGUCCGGCCCGCCCCGCAGCUUGCUCUUCCUCAACCCCCUCUCCGGCAGCGAGGGCCUCCCCACGGCCUGGCGCGCCAUGAUCACCGCCCACAAGAGCCAGAUGGUCUGGUUUCGCUGGGGCUGGAUCACGCUGAGUCGCUAUAUGGUGAUGAACGACCUCUGGCUUGAGCAGGUCGAGGUUGAGCCGUGACCAAGUGUAACAUGUACAAACAAAACGUACGUCUCUCGCAUAUUAGAGGCAUCUCGGGGGAUGGACGAGGAGAGGGGAGGGGAGGGGCACAACUAAGAUACAUUGUAUAUGCGGAAAUGAUAUCGUACUCAGACCUCCCAUUCCCGUUUUGUAGCGUCGCAGCAUGCUCUUAUCAGACCGUGGGUCGGAAAAACUCUCCA